AUGAAUCCAUUACUUGUCCGCGUUUCAAGAGUCCGUCCAGCCAACAUUAUCCAACUCCAAAGAGGAUGUGGAUGGGGAUGGUGGGGAAGAUAUCACAGAUAUGACCCACAAACUGAACAAGCAAUCCAAGAGUUCAAGGAGGAUGUAUACAAGUUCAAGACCAACUUGAAGGAGUCAAUGAAGAGACAUCAUGAUUGGCAUCAACAGAGAAAUGAUGUCCUCAAGACUGAGUACAACAAUCACCAUCGUGAUUGGUUUGGAAGGGAUGUCGAUUCAAACAUUGCUCGCUCCCCAAGCACCGUGGUCAACGAGACUGGCUCAGCCUUUGAGGUCGAGAUCGAGCUGCCAGGCAUCAAGAAGGAUGAGGUCAAGAUCACAUUCUCCAAGGACAAGUUGAUCGUGUCCACUGUCAAGGAGGAGGCCACCGCCACCACCUCUGCUGCUGACGCCGGUGCCAAGAAGUCCAACAAGAAGUUCUACUCCAAGGAGAUCCAAUUCCAUGAGCAAGUCAACUUCAAAAACAUCAAGGCACGUCUCGAGGAUGGUAUCCUCUACGUCACCGUGCCCAAGGAGUUGGUUGAUCAGUCCAUCACAAUCCAAUAA